AUGCAGGAUGUUACUAUGGACCGGGAAAGGGUGCAUAGUAUCAUCCCAAUGUAUCUUCCGUCCAGAUGUCAUAUCAAGGGGAUGAUACAGCAAUGGGGAAGUAGGCGUGAAAUGCAGGCGACUUUGUUUAUUCCUUCUACCGGGGUUUCAAUGCCUUCUGUGUUAUUCGCCAUGACAAGAAAUACUCUGGUCCCCAUGCAAAAGAAUGGGAUAGAGCUUUCUUCUGCAUACGUAGUUAUUCAACUUUAUCUUCCAAGAAGGGAUCCAAGAAUAGGGUUUGUAAGAGGGAAAAGCUCCUUGAUGCAGCAGGACUUUACGCUGCUUGGGCAAGAUGCAUUGCUGAGCAAUCUCCAGCUGGCUAUAUGGAACCUGCAUGAUUCUUCUCCAACCAGUUUCUCCUUCAGCCGGAGUUUCAUAUCUAUGGCUCAUGGUCACUUAGGCGUUGGCUCGGCCGAGUUAUAG